CAGAAGUGAAAGUGUGAGAGAGCAGCAGCAGAGCUGCAGUCGAGUCCUGUUUGUCUCUAAAAGAAGAUUCACUGGAGUCCAUCAGGUUUCUCUCAGCAACAGUGAGUGCAGACAUGUCUGCUGCCAGCAAUCUGCGAUCUGAAGAUCAGUUUCUGUGCUCCAUCUGUCUGGAUGUGUUCACUGAUCCAGUCACUACACCAUGUGGACACAACUUCUGCAAAACCUGCAUCAGUCAGCACUGGGACAUGAAUCAGAGCUGUCAGUGUCCCAUGUGUAAAGAGACUUUCUACACUAGACCUCAGCUGAGGGUCAACACCUUCAUCUCUGAGAUGGUUGCUCAGUUCAGACGUGAAGCUCAGCAGAAAGCCAGCAGCAGCAGCUCAGAGCAACAAGCUGCCAAACCAGGAGAAGUUCCCUGUGACGUCUGCACUGGAACCAGACUGAAGGCCCUGAAGUCCUGCCUGGUGUGUCAGACCUCCUACUGUCAGACUCACCUGGAGCCUCAUCUGACACUGAAAGGCCUGAAAAGACAUCAGCUGAUUGAUGCUGUGGAGAACCUGGAAGGCAGGAUGUGCACGAAGCACGAUAAACUUCUGGAGCUGUUCUGUAAGACCGACCAGACAUGUGUCUGCGUGCUCUGCUCUGUUUUAGAGCACAAGAACCACGAGUUUGUUCCUCUGAGAGAAGAAUAUGAAGGAAAGAAGGCAGAGCUGGAGAAGACAGAGGCUGAGAUUCAGCAGAUGAUCCAGAAGAGACGACUGAAGAUUCAGGAGAUCACAGAGUCGGUGAAGAUGAGUAAAGAUGCUGCAGACAGAAAGAAAGCAGAAGGUGUUCAGGUCUUCACUGCUCUGAUGGAGUCUGUUGAGAGACGCCUGAAGGAGCUCAUGAAGGAGAUCGAAGACAAACAGGAAACUACAGAGAAACAGGCUGAAGGUCUCAUCAAAGAUCUGGAACAGGAAAUCUCUGAGCUGAUGGAGAGAAGCUCUGAGGUGGAGCAGCUCUCACGCUCUGAAGACCACCUCCACCUCCUCCAAAGCUUCUCCUCCCUGAAAGCUGCUCCACCCACCAAGGACUGGACAGAGGUCAGAGUUCAUCCACCAUCAUAUGAGGGGACUGUGGGGAGAGCUGUGGCUCAGCUGGAGGAGACAGUCUGGAAACCCAUAAAGAAGAAGCUGUUUGAGGCUGAGCUGCAGAGGGUGCAGCAGUAUGAGGUGGAUGUGACUCUGGAUCCUGAUACAGCAAAUCCCUGGCUCAUCCUGUCUGAUGAUGGAAAACAAGUGUACUGUGGUGAUGUGAAGAAGAAACUUCCAGACAACCCAGAGAGAUUUUCUUACUGUGUUUGUGUUUUAGGAGAGCAGAGUUUCUCUUCAGGCAGAUUUUACUUUGAGGUUCAGGUUAAAGGAAAGACUGAGUGGGAUUUAGGAGUGGCCACAGAGUCGAUCAACAGGAAGGGACAAAUCACACUGAGUCCUGAGGAUGGUUUCUGGACUGUGAUGCUGAGAAAUAGAAAUGAGUACAAAGCUCUUGAUGACCCUUCAGUCCCCCUCUGUCUUCAUCCUGGUCCUGAGAAGGUGGGGGUGUUUGUGGAUUAUGAGGAGGGUCUGGUCUCCUUUUAUGAUGUAGGUGCUGCAGCUCUGAUCUACUCCUUUACUGGCUGCUCCUUCACUCACAAACUCCACCCAUACUUCAGUCCCUAUAUGAAUGAUGGUGGUAAAAACUCUGCACCUCUGAUCAUCUGUCCUGUCAAUCAAACUGAGUCGAUCAACGACUGAUUUUAUUUGAUGAAUGAUUGAUUUUUCUUUAAGGGACCAAAUGAACAUAUUGAGUGUAAAUCCUCUACAGUCUCCAUGUUUCUAUAGAAUCUGAUCAUCAGGACUCUGAUUCACACUUUGAUUCUCAUGGAGUUUGAUUUGAACAGAAGAAAAGUUGAAUCAGGAAAUGUUCCCACUGAUGGAGACUCGAGCUGAAGAGCAAAUAUCAGAGAAUAAAUGUCCAAAAGCUUCAUUUACAAUAAAGUUUGUUCAAUGCUUUGAGUGAA